CGGUUCAGCAUUCAGAGAGAUCGUUGAUCCACAGAAAAUUUGUCAAGAAAGCAUAAGUUGGUGCAUCCAACGAAGAAAAUUCAAUCGGUUUUAUUAUGACUUGUUUUAUAGUUAGCUAAAGGAAAAACGCUUGCAUUUACAAGUGCAUCUCUGUGCAGUGUGGAAUUACAUUUUCAAGGAUCGAGCUCGUACGAAGAGAACGUGAAAAAUGUCUUCGACGUACGACGAGCUGCCGGAGGGAGCCUGUGCCGUGUGCGACAUGACGGCUUUCAUGCGCUGCUCGAGCUGCCAUCGCGAGUUCUACUGCGGCAAGGAGCACCAGCGCGAGGACUGGCCGCGCCACAAGGACCACUGCAAGGCUUACGAGGUGCUCGAGAGCCCCGAGCUGGGCCGUCAUCUGGUCGCCAGGCGCGACCUCAAGCCGGAUGAGAUUAUAUUUUCGGAGGCGCCGAUCGUCUGGGGCCCCACGGCCCACCUCAAUGAUCGGGUCUGCGUCGGCUGUGGCAAGCUCGGGGCCUACGUCGCUCGAUGUCCCGGCUGCGCUUGGCCGGCUUGUCGACACGCCUGCGACGGAUUGGUGGACGAGGCCAUUCACGGAUUCGAGUGCAAAGUCCUCGCCGCGGCCAAACUUCUGCCCAGAUGUGACUUUUUAUUGGCUCUACGAUGCCUCAUGAUGCGUAAUAAACAACCCAAGCGCUGGCGCCAGCUAAUGAAACUGAGCAGUCACUUGGAAAGCAGAGGUCCAGGAAGCGAAGCGCACGAGGAAACUCAGAAGGCCAUCGAGUACCUGCGGCCGUUCCUACAAAUCGAUUCGGAAUUGGAAAAAUUGUUGCCCCAGGUCUGCGGCAUCAUCGACGUCAACGGCCUCGAGACCAAUCCACCGGACGGCUCGAUGGCCAUCUACGAAGCCGCUUGUCUUUUGGAGCACGACUGUUUGCCCAACACGAGGCUCACCUUCGACCCCGACACAAGAGGCGUACCGAGGAUCAACGUCAUCGCCGUCAGGGAUAUCAAAAAAGGCGAACACUUGAGCACGUCGUACACGCACGUCUUGUGGUCGACGCGCAUGAGACGCGAGCAUCUUCUGUCGACCAAGUAUUUCACCUGCAAAUGCAAAAGGUGCGCCGAUCCCACCGAGCUCGACAGUCACGUUGGCACGCUCAAGUGCCCCUGCGGCAAGGGCUACGUCACGCCGGAUCAUCCCUUGAAGCCCGACUCCGACUGGUCGUGCAAACAGUGUCCCGGGCUUCUCAGUGCCGGCGAAGUCGCUCAACUUACCGACCGUCUCGGCGAGGAGGUCGAGGCAGCCAUGAGUGUCCCACAGAAGGAUAUUAUGACCGAUCUUUUGAUGAGAUUAAUGGUGCUGCUGCAUCCGUGUCAUCAGCAUUGCCUCACGAUAGGUCACUCCAUGCUGCAGAUGCUCGACCCUGCGGACCCAAAAAAGCUCGAGCUCUGCGAGAGGCUGCUCCAAACGUUCGACAAAGUCGAUCCUCACGGGGCUCGACUCGGUGUGUAUUAUGCCAUUGCAUUGCGCGAGUUGGCCACCUGCCCUGGCCAAGACAAAAGUCAGCUACUGCGCAGAGCCAUCCACUAUCUCAGAUACGAACCCAAAGGCACUUCAGGCUAUGUGCUGCGAGAAGUUUGCGAAGCUGACGUAUCCGCAUGA